CGCGGGUCCCAGCGCCUCCCCGCGUAGCGGGGCGCCCUUGGGCUAGUCGCUUUGCCUCUCUGGACCUCAGCUUCCACGUUUACAAGACAGGCGUAAUGAGAGUCCCUGUCCCUAGGGUCCCGGGGGGAUUAGGUGAUUCUGUCCUUGGAAAGCACUUUGCACGGUUCCUGGAGCCCAGAACCGCGCAAAGUCUAUCUGGCGCUGCUGUUAACAGUAAAGGGCGAUUGCACCGCCACUGUCCACCCUCUUAGCAAGUUGGAGGAAUGGGUAAGUCCCUUUUCAGGUGGGGAAACUGAGGCUACCUGCACAUCCUGUGGUUUUCACAGCAUGAGCCCCUCCGAGCCUCGGUUCCUUUAUCAAAUGGUGCUGGCACAUCCUACCACGGGAUUGCUGAGCAGAAGUUAAGCUCCUGUUGCUUGGAUUUCCAAUUAGGGGCCGAGGGAUGGGGUGGGGAUGAACAAUGAUUACAUUUCACUAAAAUUUUGUCGAGGGGUGUGCUUGCUUGAACACUCGCGUGAAAACUCUCUCCUGAAGUUGCCCAGUGGUUUCGGGCGAGGACAGGACAGGCCGUUCUGGUGGGGGCAGCCCCCGGCUCUCUUUGAGGGGGCACCUAGCCUGCCUUCCGGUUCACCUUCCCCCCUCCCCGCCUCAGGCCUCGCGCCUUCACAGGGGAGGAGCCAGGUGUGUGCCGAGGCUCCCAGGCGGGGGUGAAUUUGAGACAGGUGGCAUCAUGUUUCAUACUCGCAUCAACAUGGUGCAUUAUCUCCAGGAGGUUGUUGAGAGUCCGUGGUGCUCACCAAGUCUCUGCACGUUCUGGGCAAGCUGAGCACAGCUUGACCAAGAGGCACAGGGCUAGGGUGCUGCCCAGGGCAGGGAAGGCUGGGGGCAGGACUGAGCCCUUGACUCUCAGUCUCACUCUGUUCCCCCAUCCCACCCUGGGGGACAUUGUGAGUGUGUCCUUUGUAAGGUUGGGGAAUCCCACCCACAGAGGGGAUGCACGGGAGGGACUUGAGAGUGAGUUCCUGCUAAUUUUCCCUCUGCGGGAUCGUGGGCGGGGCUGCCUGCACACAUCUGCCAGGGGCUUCUCCCGCGUGGGCACUUGGACGUUCAAAGGCUUGCUCUCAAGGGUUUGGAGUGCCGUGGUGAGAUACAAGUUGGUGGAGUGUUCACCGGGAAAGAAGCAGCCCUGGGUUCAAGGCUGCAGAUGCAGACAUGAAAGGAAAGAGGUCUGAAGCUUCUGCAAUGGGCUUUUGUCUGUCCUGCACCUGCUGUGUGAUCUUGGGUUCAUGAACCACCGCGUCCCUGCCCACAAGAGGUACCAGCCCACGGAGUACGAACAUGCGGCCAACUGUGCCACCCACGCUUUCUGGAUCAUUCCCAGCAUCCUCGGCAGCUCCAACCUCUACUUCCUGUCGGACGACGACUGGGAGACCAUUUCUGCCUGGAUCUACGGCCUCGGCCUCUGCGGGCUCUUCGUGGUGUCCACCGUGUUCCACACUGUCUCCUGGAAGAAGAGCCACCUCAGGAUGGUGGAGCACUGCCUGCACAUGUUCGACCGGAUGGUCAUCUAUUUCUUCAUAGCGGCCUCCUACGCACCCUGGCUGAACCUCCGGGAGCUGGGCCCCUGGGCCUCCCACAUGCGUUGGCUGGUCUGGAUCAUGGCCUCUGUCGGCACCGUCUAUGUCUUCUUCUUCCACGAGCGGUACAAACUUGUGGAGCUGCUCUGCUACGUCGUGAUGGGCUUCUUCCCCGCCCUGGUCAUCCUGUCAAUGCCCAACACCGAGGGCAUCUGGGAGCUGGUGACCGGAGGGCUGUUCUACUGCCUGGGCAUGGUGUUCUUCAAGAGUGACGGCAGGAUCCCCUUUGCUCACGCCAUCUGGCACCUCUUUGUGGCAUUCGGUGCUGGUACCCACUACUAUGCCAUCUGGAGGUACCUCUAUCUACCCAGCACCCUGCAGACCAAGGUGUCCAAAUGAAGUGGCCCAGACUGCACGGGUCAUUUGGGCUCUUGGAGCAGAGCCUCACGGGAAGCGUUUCUGCGAACUUCACCCAGCGCACGGUGCCGAGCCUGUCUGCCCUUUCGUGGGAGAGUUCUUGAUGGGUCUGAGGUUGCUUCUGGUGACAGCCAGGCCAUCUCUAGAGUCCCCAGGGAGAGUGAAAGCAGUUAGUCAUUUUUACAGAGGAGAGAUUAACCCUAUAAUGUGUAUCCAAUUUAGACAAGUGUUUCCUAAUACAAGCAGCAUUAACAUCUUCAGGAAGGGAAGCAGACGCUGUCCUGGCAGAUUGGGGACAGACAGGCUAAUAUGUGCUUCUUGGGGUCCUGAGGAACCUGGCAUGAGGCUGGUGGGUCGUUUAUCCCUGGCUGGCCAGGGCCUCCCUCUGUGCUACCAAAGUCCUGGCCGGGGAAUUGUCCCCUCCCUGUUCAGGGAACGUCGCCCAGCUUGUAGAUGGGGUGUGUUGAGUAGCCCUGACCGUGGCAGACACACUCAUCAACCUCAGCCGUGCGUGGUGUCAGCCUUCUUUCCAGCGCAGUGAUCGGGGCAGCCGCUACCUGGGGACGUGGCACUUGGGAUGGAUCCUCUUUGUCCUGCCUGGUGUGCUUGGAAAUGGGUUGGUGGCCAGAGUGGUUUCCAUACGGGGGCCGCACCCAUCUCUUUCUCUCCUGCUCCCAUCUCCCUUCUGGGGAAGCUCCUGGCGUGGGCAGUUAGGGGCAGCGGGGGGAGGCUGAGCCUCACGCCCGAGCAGCCCCCAGUGUCCUGUUCCAAGUGGUUGGUCUCAGUUCAGAGGGGCAUGAGCAGCUGGGGUGAGGAUGCUGUUACUUGGUUAUUUCUUCUCAUCCCCCCCAAAAUCCAGAGGAAUUUCAAGAGCUGCUCCUUCAUAAGAGGGGCAGGCAGAUCCUGGGAACGUGCUCACUUGCACCACGUUUAGGGUUUGCGAUGCCAGUGUCUAGAUUCUCUCUUGGUGCCCGUCAGUGGCCCUUAGAGGCCGCUGAGAUCUGAGAUGUGUCCGAGGGAAGGCAUGUGGAUCCGGGCAGGGUGUCUGGGACACCUUCAACCUCUGAAGUGCCCAGGGGCCCAGCAAUGAGGCUUCCGGGGGCCUGUCCGCACGGCCCCCUUUGGAGCUGGGCCAGCCUCUUGGUAAAAUGCCCCCUGGACAUUUACUGGGAAGGCCAGUGGCAGGCCCAGCUCCGGAGUCUGAACUGGAAUCUCAGAAUCUCUCUGGGGGAAGAGUCUGUCUCAGGUCAGGAGGUCCUUACUCUACGACUCACAGCCAGAGUGGGUGGAUGAGGGGGACAGAGAAAGGGUGCCUUAUGCUUAGCUCUAGCACAUUCCAGGAGAUUCCAGGGCUCUGGCAUCUGGAAUCCUAUGUGUCCAAGCCAGUAUUAAAUCAUCUUGACACAUUCCUCGGACAGACAGCUUGUGAGCUGGGAGACGCUGAGGGGUAAGUUUUGUCCUCCUGCCUGUGUGAGUGUGUGUGUGCAUGUGUGCGUGCGUGUGUCUCUGCACAGGGCCUCCUGCCCCCUGGGGACUGUCUUCUGUAGGCCUGGCCUGUGGAGCUCAGCAAGUGUUUCCUGCUGGCUGGGGUCAGGGUUGGAGGUCAGAGGUUUGCAGGGCAGAGGCUCGCCCCGACUACGGACAGGGACACUGACACUUGACCUCUAGCGGCGCCUGUGGCUGGGUCGGGGAAGCCACGUGGGUUCUGGUUUGCCAUUUAGGAACCUCCCAAAGCAUGGCACUGUGCCAGGCCGAGAUGCUGUUGGGGGCCAGUGACUCGGGGCUUCUUUUGUGGUCCCAUGUCCUCACUGAGCUUCUUGGUCUGACUCCUGCUCCUCCCGUGCCCCUCCUUCUAGGCAUUUGGUCUUAUGUUUCCCAAGACGGCCUGCCCCUUGUGCCCCUGCACCUUAUGAGGUGUGGGUCCCUCUGGUGGGACCUCUGUUUACCCAUAAUCCACUCAACACACUCCUCCUUAUCCUUCAGAGCCCAGCUCAGUCAUCAACAUCAGGGAACUUCUGGCCUUUGUCUGACCUCGGAGCUCCCCUCUGCUCCCCGUCACGCCCUGUGCUCAGAGCCCUGUCCUUCCCCACACAGGUGCAGAUCCUGGAGGGAGGGACUGUGGGGUCAAAUCAGCAUCUUGGGGUCAAAUCAGCAUCCCCCGUUUGUGGGAGCUUGGGCCAGUUCCCUAACCUCUCUGAGCCUCAGUGUUCUCAGCUGUAAGAUGGGUAUAGCAAAGCGGCAUUUUGCAGGGCUGCCUGAAGAUGCGGCAGGAUAACAGAUGCACAACACCCAGCCAGUUCUGUCAGUAGUGGGCUUGGAAGAUGGGCUGGUAACAGAAGAUAAUAAUGAAGAUGACCCUUUUCCUGGGGUGUGGCCAAAGGAAUGAAUCACUAAUGGUGGAGUUUCCAACUGUGGACACAUUGGUGAGGACGCUGGAGGGCAUUCUAGAGGGCCUUGGGUGCACCUCCGUCCCUAGCUCCAACUCAGGACAUGCUUCCCAUAAUCACUUUCUCUUCCUCAGCAUUAUUCUGGAAGUUUUCUAGGAUUCCAUUUCACUGGAGCCCAGACCUGUAUCUCUUCCAAACACAUCACAACUAGUGCAGGAAAGGAAAACAAGUUCCCUAUGCCAGUCCCUGCGGUGGUGAGGCUCUGUCCCGGGAGCAUUCUAGGCCACACACUGGACGUGUGAAGCAGAGAGGGCACACACCGGACAGUCAGGGGCCAGCACUCUCUUCCUGCCCAUCCCUGGGGCCAUCGCGUCCCAGGUGACCCAGCGGAGCUGCUGUCAUGCCCUGAGUUGCUGGGAGAGCAGCGGGCAGCAGACUGACCUGUUUGACGUUCUGAGCUUUUUGGUGACUGCUCCUGAGCUCGAGGGGCACUGCGAGGGCCAGGUGAGCGAAGGCAGAAGGAGGUGGGGUGGGGGUCCCACCUGGUGGGCUCUUGGGAAGGCAUCUGUGAGAGUGGCCCUGGCAACGCACCUCCCACCCACGCCUGGAAGGACUUCCUGUAAGGCCCAGAGCAGAGCUCGGCUAGAGCUGUCCCCAGGGCUGCAGCCUCUUGGCCGGGGAAGGAUUUGAGUCCGGAUCACAGGCAGAGCGGCCCUUCCCGCUUGGCUGCAAGCUGGAGGUGUGGCCUGAGCAGGCCAGAACCUUCUCCUCCCCAUCUGCACCUGGCUCAGCUGGGGGAGAACCCUCCGAAAGCCCUGGGGCGGGAGGGAUGAAGAUGGGCAUGGCAAGUGAGCCUCAAGAUAUAAAGCCACCUCAGUCAUGGGUGGGUGCUCGCACAGUGGGUGACUCAGACAGCCCUGAAAGCUUGCAGAGCAAGGUUGCAGUCCCAGGUUUUCAGCUCACUAACCUCUCUUUUCCGUGCCAGUCUGCAACAGCUGCAGAGAGUUCUCCCCCAGCUCUGCCUGAGUCCCUGCUGUCAGGCUCAGGAAGUGGGGGUGGGGACAGCUCGGGCUGUGCAGGGAGCUAGAUAGAGCAGAUACGGAGGGCAGAUAGAGCUCGGAGGGCCAGGAGACGGGCACCUGUCAACUCUGCCACUGUGCACUGUGUACUCAGAUGCUGAAAUGCGGGCUCUUGGAACAGCCUGGGGGGUCCGGAAAGAGCCAGUGAAAACCCAGCAGCCACGUCCACUGGGUGUGCUGAUGUCACAGGGCUGGUGAUCCGCAGGUGCAAAGACGGGGAGCAGGAAGCUGGGGAGGCAGAGGCUGACCCAUCGGGAGCUCCUCUGGGUGGCAGGCUCUCUGUGCUGUGGUUUUACAGAUGCUCUCUCUGCUGACUGACACACACUGGCCCCGUGGGGUAAGGGUCAUUAGCUGACCUUACAAAGCAGGCAGCCAGGGCACAGAGAGGUUUGUGACUUUCCCAACGUCACCUGGUUUCCAACCAGCAGAGCCAAGCUUGGAAGCCAGGACUGUCUAACGUCCAAGUGUCCUGCCCUUGGCCAGACCUUGCUGCUUCGGAGGAAACCCUCUCUCCCUCAGGGAGGAAAGUGGAGCUUAAAAAAAAAUUGAAUGAUAAUUUUUCAAAACCUCUGGUGUGCAGCCUUGCCAAUUGCCAUGGUGUGACUACUGCCACUGUGGCUUGUUUGGGGCAGCCACGUGGCAUUGCUGAGGAUGGACUAUGUAUGACCAGGUCUGGCGUCCCGCUGCCCAGCAACUCCCAGUGUGCCCACCCUCUGAGGAAGGUCACCAUGGGUAUGGAAUCAGCCAGAACAACUUAGCCCCAAAGGGUCCCUGUGUAAGGUGGGUCUGUCACUGAAACGCUGGGGAACUUCAUUCUAGGAGUUUGGAUUUGGGAGCCAGUCAGACCUGACCCGAAGCUAGCGCUGCACGGAGCAGCUGGCAAGACCCUUGGGCAGGACCUUUGUCCUCUCUGUGCCUCAGUUUCCACAUUUGUAAAAUGGAGAUUGUAAUCAGCAAGUGCUACGUAUCAGAGUUUGGGAGGUUUGUUUUUGUUUUACAAAAAUCUUUUACUGAUUUGGAGACCAAGACUCAGAGAGGCUGAGCAGCUUGUCUGAGGGCACACAGCUAGGGAGUGGCCGACACAUGCUCUCUCCCCUUCCAAACACGGGCACCCCCACUUCAGGGCUCCCAGCCCACGAGAAGCAGCAGCUGUGAUGACAGUGGGCGCCGCCUUCUGCCUCUGCCUGUGCACAUGCUUGCAAAGGUUACAACAAGGGCGUGAGGCCCCACCUGGCAGCUCCGUGCUCAGGCCAGUGUUGGGCAGGGCCGUCCCCAUGGGCAGAGGCUCCCACCCAGAUGGUCAUUCGGGGGAAUGUGUAGCCAUGUGGCUCCGAGUGGCAGGGUGGCUGGGAGGAGGGGUGUGGGCAGGAUGCUCGUGCCCACUGCAGGGGGUGGGAUGUCCCUUUGAGAGUCCACAUCAGUGCAGUAGGUUUGAUGUGCAGGGCCAGAGAGCCAGAGUUAUGUGGACCUUGAACCUGAGCAGGAAGGGAUGGGACAGCAGGCGUGAGACUGGCGUAGGGUUGAGAGCAGGCAUGUGGCACGCCUGGGCCGUGGAGCUGGGGGAGCUGGGGCUGGGCCCGGGUCUGCCCGAUGCCCAGUCCAGUGCUCUUUCCCACACCCACCUCUCUCUCCACUUUCCGGGCACUGCUCUCUUGUCCUGUGUGUAAGGCGACAAGAGGUGCAGCCUGGUACCUCCUCCUGCAGCCUGGCCAUGUGGGGCACGGCUCUUCAGAGAGCCCACUCACAUGUCCUCCUGGUCUGGGAGAGAGGAAAUGCCAGCCCUCCCUGGGACCUUGCGUCCCACAUGCAGAUGUGCCACCUCUGAGCAUGCAGCUGCCUGUGCAUGUGGCUCCUUUGUUCCAAUUUCCAUAUGUCCAAGCUUGGGUGGCACAGAAUCAGGAGGCUUUGGGGCACCCUGGAAAAGGCUCGAGGUAGGAACCAGGAGGUGUGGGCCCUGCUUCCCAUGUUGCUGUGUGACUUGGGCAGAUGACUUCUCCUUUCUGGGAUUUCAUCUGAUCAGCUGUAAAAUGAGCCUGCGAUCCGUCUGCGAGCUGUGCACGUCAGGAAUAAGCACAAAGCCCAUCGGGUGGGCAUGACAGACCCUCCCCAGCUUGAGGAGAGAUCCCUGGGGAGAGCAGGGGGUUGCUUCUCCCAGGAGCAAUGCUGAGACCCUCUUCCAUGUACAGACACCUCUAAUUGACACAACACAGGGAAGAUAAAGAAUCCCACAUGGCAGAGAAACAGCAGGCAUCUGGAGGGGUUCCGUCUGACAUAGCAGCUGUCAGCUGCAGGUGGCUACUUAACUGGAAGUCAAUUAAAAUUAAAUCACAAUCGUCCCACUAGCCACAUUGUAUGUGCUCAACAGCCAGGUGUGGCCGGGCUACCAGCCGUUUUGGACAGCACGGAUAAGGGCACAGUUCCAUCAGUGCAGAACGUUCUGUGGUGCAGCACUGGUGGUUCAGUGAUCUCGAGACCCCUCUUAGAAAUUAUUGAGGACACCAAAGAACUUUUAUGUAGGUGGCCUGUGUUAACAUUCAUCAUAUUUGAAAUUAAAACUGAGAAUAUUUGAGAACAGCUAUUCAUUCAUGUAAAGAUAACAGAUCCACUGCAUGUUAGCUUAAGAAACAUAUUCUUCUAUGAAAAAUAACUAUAUUUUUCCAUACAAAAAAAGCACAGGGAAAAGAGUGGAUUGCUUUGCAUUUUUGCAAUGUCUGGCCCAGUAGAAGGCUGGACUCUCCUGUCUGCUUUUGCGUCCGGUUGGGACGUCACGUGUCAGGGACUCUCUGCAAACCUUUGCUGUGCAUGCGUGAAGGAAUAAGAGGGAAAAAGACAAAUAAUGUCGUAGUGUUGUUAUGAAAAUGGUUAGGCUUCUUGAACCCCCAAAAGGGUGUUGGGGAUCCCUGGAGCACCCGGGCUAAACACUUGAGAACCAACAAUUUGGAGUUUUCCCCUUCAUUUUAUAGCUGGUUUUACUUUAUCAGUGGCAGUUUUCAUAGAUGGAGACCACCCCCUUUUAGCCAUGUUAGCCUGUGUUAGACAGAUCUGGAGACAGGCAGGACACGGGGACGGAGGGGUAUGAGCAAUAGGGCGGAGACUCUGGCUGUUUGAGGACAGGUGCCAUGGGGACAGGACCCGGUCUCAGCAGAUGCUCAGCACAUACUUGUGGACCAAGCAGAGGAGGGUGAGCUUGGCCUUGGCCACUCGGCCUCCCCACCUCCUCCUCCUCUUCUGAGGUUGGGAAGGCUUGCCCAGGGAGCCUCGUGUAAGCAUCAGGGCCCCUUUGCAUCAGGGUUGGAGAGAGGCGAAUUCACAACUGUGGUCUGCAUGAACACUUCCCUGGCCUUUACUCUUGGUGGCCUUGCAUGUCAGAAGACAAAUAACAGAGCCAGUGGGAGGCUCACGGGUUAGUUCUCCCAGCUCAAGUUUGCAGUGAGCUGUGACUCUGCCCUGGGUGGGUCUGCAGUGUGCAAACACCGUGGCCAACCAUGUGCCAGCCCUGGGGUUACAGGACGAAUUAGGCAGGACCCUGGGGUGAAAUCGACAUGGUAUGAGCUGAUUCUGUGCAGUGGUGAGUGUCAAGGGGGCCUCUGAUGAGGGACCUGGAGACGCAUCAAGGUUCCUCUGCAGGUUGAGGGAGCAUUUAUCCAAGUGACUAGCAAGGAGGUUGGUUUUCUUAAAUAUUAAUAUAAAUAUUUUUUCAUUAAAAUAAUAUAUGCUUAUUACAGAAAUUUCACGACAUACAAGCAAGGUAGAGGAUGCUACCAAAGUCUCCCCACCCCACAUAGCCACUCAGCCUUUCAGUGGCUUUUUUUUUUUUUUUUGAGACAAAGUCUCGCUUUGUUGCCCAGGCUAGAGUG